AUGAACCAGACGACGCAACGGUCUUCUGCAAAUCCGUCGGAAAGUAGAGUUGCAAUUUCUGACAACCACCAGGUAGAGGAAGGUGUCUUGGUAGAACAGCCUAAGCCGGUGAUUGAUGACGACAAAAAGAAUUCAUAUCACAAGACGAUUAUACGGAAGGAAUUGGUGCAAACUCCGCUAUGCAGAGAAGCUACGAAGGAAUUGGUGGAAACUCGGCUAUGCGAAGCAGCUAUGAAGGGCGAUUGGAAGGCAGCAGAGAAAUUGGUUCAGGAACAUGAAAAUAUCAGCUUGUUGGAUGUAAUAAGCAAGGAUAGAAAGGAAACAGCCCUCCACAUUGCCACAAGAUUCAACAACACUGCUUUUGUGAAGAAGCUGAUGCCACAACUCACCGAAAAUGACUUGGAAGCCAAAAAUAUUUAUGGAAACACCCCCCUCUGCAUUGCUGCUAUGACAGGGGCUGCAGAUAUUGCAAAGUUGAUGGUGGACAGGCAUGAGGAAUUAGUCCUCAAGCGUGGCUCAGGAAACGCACUCCCGCUUUUGAUUGCUGCAAGAUAUAAACAAUUCCACAUGGUUUCUUAUCUCCUUAAAGCCAUGAAUUCCCAUAUCAAAAAACUGAAUGAUACAGACAAAAAGGAGAUUCUUUUUAGUGUCAUCUCCUCCAAUGAUUACGGUUUGUUCAAAACUAUCUAAUUAUACAACUGCA